AUGAGACGAGCAGUAUCAAAAAUACUACCCACCCCCAAACUAUUUAACGACUCCGCCCAUUUCCAUUCAAAUUUCAGGCUUGAGUACAACUCAGUUGAUGAUUUUUACGUACAGUUAGAUAACCCACAUAAGGUCUGGUUACCAGGAGAAGAAAUCUCAGGACAAGUUGUAUUAAUUUCGAAAAAGAAUUUGGCAAAUAUAGUCAUAACGUUGUCGUUGGUGGGGUUUAUUAAAAUAAAUGCAUCGUCACAUCUGAAGUUGAGGCCUUUGAAGCAUACGUUAUUUGAUUAUACUAUUAAAAUCUAUGGUAAAGAUGAAGAAGAACAAACAGACUCAGCAGAGUUUAGUAAUGGACUUUUGAAAGGCGAACAUGUGUUUCCGUUUAUUGUAAAGUUGCCCAAUAAAAGAGUAUAUACGUCGAUUGAUUUUGGGAAAGGUUCCAUCAACUACAUUUUGAAAGCAGCUAUAGGAAACUCGUCGUCCUAUGUGAUACCUGCCUCGCCCGACAAUGCCAGUACUAGCAGUUUAACGAAAAAGAAAAUACUACAGAAUCCUAGUCACACAUCAGAAAAAGUCAUAAGUCUAGUAAAUCCAAUAGAUGUUUCGUUAUUGCCUCGACCGAAACCAAAGAGAUUGAUUCUCAAAGAUCCACGAACUAGCUCAAACAAAAAGUUGUCUCGCACGCAAACGUCAACGUCAACCAUCAACACCAUGUCUUCUAACGAACACGACCAUUCGUUGCCCGAAGGUGCCACACCUGAAGAUUCCGACCACAAAUCAUUAAAGUCGAUACCUGUGCCCACGAUCAAAGCCAUAUUGGAAGUGCCGCAGCGUGGAUACUUGCGAGGCGAGCUGAUCCCGAUCAAGCUUUCUAUCAACCAUUUACGAAAGAUCCAGGAUUUCAAUGGUAUUAUAAUAACGUUUGUCAGAGUUUGUCGAUUAGACAAUGGCCCAGAUGGAGUUGUUGAGUCGUUUAGAAAAGAUCUACAACAGUUGAUACUUCCCUUGUAUGUUGAUCCUGUUACUUUCCAAUCCGAAAUCAAUUCGUCGCUACGAGUGCCUGCUGAUGCCUUCCCGACAAUUUUGGGGUGUCCGUUAGUUUCAUUCCAGUACUUUGUUGAAGUACUAAUAAACCUUUCUGGCAAAUCAAUUGCGCUUGAUUCUGAUGUUGAUGCACGCGCUAAAGCCAACCCGCAAGCAACCAAAUCAUCACUGGACAAGUUUAAGUUUAACUUUGAUUCCACCCAAACCGAGAGAUCUACCUAUAUCAAUACCGAUAGUUAUAAACGACUGAAGAAAUUUCUACAAUUGACAACAGAGAUCUACAUUGGAACCCAUCGUCUGUCAACGCAAGAAGAGCAAGCACCACAAGCAGAGGAAGUGGCAUCCCGCAGGUCGUCGUCCAUGGCAUCGAAUUCCAAUUCAUCACCGGCAGUAUUUUCUACAUCCUCACCACAUUCACCAGUGGAGCACCAGUACGCAGGUGCGAUCAACUCAAUACCCGAAUCAGUUGCAGUUAGUAAUUUUACACCACCUUACGAAAAUGUUGUGCCGCUGUAUGUGCCACCAGAAUUCGUGUCUCAUCUACAGAACCAGUCUGAGUUGUCAGAAAAGGAAAGAAUGAGACAACAUGAAAGUAGUCUUUUGCCGUCAGCACCACCUGAUGAUGAACAACCAAGUCCAGUCAACAUGACUUCGAAUCAACAACCAUUCUCGUUUUUUACAUACCAGAACACCAACACGUCCCCGCCAGUCCCAUUGGAUGACGAUUUGUACCAGGAACCAGUUGAUUCAGCGCCAAAUUACUUGAACGUCAACAAUGACCGUUUGAUAGUUCCCCAGGAUAAUAACUCGAAUUCAGAGACGUAA